ACAAAUACACUGCUAUGGAAACUAUUGACGCUGUCUUUAUCCAUAGCGCAUGCGCUUAAAUUAUCGACAAAAUGUGACAACAAAUAUGGUGAUUUAAAUCAAUUUAUACGAAAACAUUAUCAUGUAAAUUUGUUGUGAUAUGAUAGAAGACUGAUGAUUUCAUAAAAAAUGUGACUUUCAGAGAGAAACAAACAAGACAUGUAGAAAGCAUUGAGUACAUACAACGUUGUUUAUCCGUCCUGACGUGUGAAAGUAUGACGUCACCACUAAUCCUUCUUGUAUUUGGAGCAGUCAUUUCCGGUGUGCUCGGGAGUUUGUUCAUUAUCAUCUCCCUUGCCGUAGAUUCAUGGGAGGAAGUGACGUUUAAUACGGAUACGUUGUCGAAGUAUCAAGUAAACAACAGUGAAUAUUAUUGUGUCGUGGCCUCUUCGUCCUCUAAUUACAGUAUACUGCGCCAUAAUACAACAGAAAUAAAGAAUGGAAACUUAACCAGUUCGUUUCAAUAUUAUUACCUGUACUCAACAUACAGCGGCGUUUGGAGAAUGUGCGAUAAUUUAUCAGCGGCUUCGAGACAACGAUUGGAAGCUGCAAAACAGAUGACAGCUAACCGAUGUUACACAUUUGUUACUGAUUAUGACGAGGAAAAUGACUACCUGCCAGACAUGAUGAAAAGCAUCGGACGAAUGCAGAAUUCAGCGGCGUCAUGUUUUAUUGUGAGUCUAAUUGAUUUAGCGGCGGCGGCCAUCGUAGGAACGUUCGCCAUUAUACAAAAACAGGUGUCAGCGUGUAUGGUUACGGGUGUAUUAUACUGUAUGGCAGGGUUAUUUUCCGUGUUCGGUUUAACUAUUUUUCAUACAAAGAUGUACUAUGAGAAAUAUCAGUGUUAUUCCUUCGAGGAGAAUGAACUGCCACCAGCGGCGUGUGAGGCACGUAACGUAGAUAUUGGUUGGGCGAUGCCAUUAGCCUGGGUAGGGGUGAUUGUUUGUGUUUUUGCAUUUGGGAUGUGGAUUUUUGUUACACGUGCCUUCAGACUUAUCAAGUCAAAGACAAUGAUUUAAAGGACGGUUCCAAUACCCUAAGAUGGAGUAUAACACUUUACGAAAUUUUAUUCACUUAAAUAAUUUUGGCUUGUAUCUUUUAAUUAUAAUAGUAAAGUAGAAAGUAAAUAAUGAAUUCUCUCAGCAUAAAAAUAAACGGAUAAAAUAACAAUUCAUUAAGAUUACAAAAAGGUGAAGGUCAUCAAAGGGAAUAAAAUAUCUUACCUGUUAUCAACUUUUGGCCAAGGAUUGACUCCAUUUUAGGCAGUGAUUUAUAUAUCUGUCUUCGACUUAACUUUCUUCCCUUAUAUGUGCAGUGUAAAAGAUCAUAAAAUUGAAACAAAUGCUUUCAAAAAUCUAAGAUACGGGUCCCUUAGGCAGGGAAUAGAAUACAAAUUGCAGUGAAGCUUUUGGGUGUUGCGGGUACCCUAGCAGUAAACCUGUUUAAAAUUCAUGAUGGGUAAGACAUUCUAUUCCAUGUUCCAUUUAAUGACCUAUAUCUUUUUUAUAGUUAGCAUUAAGAGCAGCUUUAUCUGUUUUGAUAUUUCAAAAAGGUGUAUGUCUACAUGCUUUCUACAUAUAACUUUUGAAAAUAUUUCGGCGAAUUAAUUUUCAUAAAGCGUUAUAUACUUUAGAUAGAUCGAUACCUGUUGUUAAAAUAUAUAUAGUUACAUAUCAUUAUUAUAUAGAAUUGAGAUUUUAUAUCUGGAUCUUAAUGAGUUGUUACGUUUUUAUACAUAUACCUUCAUAUUAUCAAUCAAGUUGAUGUAUAUUUUUUUGCAUUAUUUUAUAAGAUAAUUUAAAAUUAAAAUAAGUACAUGUAUAGUUAAAGGUAUAGAGAAGUCAGGGUCAUUCAGGAAGGUCCUUAAGAAUAAUCUAAAUUUAUAGCUUUCUUUUCCACUUUAAAAUAUAACAGCAGGUACACGUAGUUCCCACCUACCGACUAAGGAAUAAUCAUAUCUAUGUGAAAAAAAAUAAAAGCCAGUCGUCUUUUUUUCCAAUAUUUGAAAUAAAUAAAUAAUAAAUAAAAGUCCAUAGGAAGUGAACGCCUGAAAAAAAAAAGUUCAUGUAGACAAAGUUGCAGCGCAAUAGUUCCAGUCCCUCACAGGCCUGCAAUAUGAUUCUUUCCGCGCACAUGUCACCACAUUUACAUAGAGGCGGGCGGCGUGACAAUCCACCGACAACUUAUACUUAUUCAGUAAAGUAUUGAAACAGAACAGUAAAGUAUGUCUGGUAAUUUUACAUAAAAACAAUUGUGACUAAUAUCAAAAUGGGCAAAAAAUUGAUAAAAACUAUCAAGGACAAUGUAUUUUUAUUUACGAUCAGUAUUUCAUUCACUUACGAAUUUUCAUCUGGUGUUCAGUUGCUGCACGAGGUUUCUGUUAAGCAUCGCAAUAGUUUGCCCAUAACGUGUCUGUGGUUGCUACAUUCAGCACUUGAACUCUUGUAUUUACCCAUAUUGUGCUUGUGAUUGCCGGAUUUAGCACUUAAACUCUAUAUCGCACUGGUUUACUCGUAUUGUGUCUUCAGGUGCGAGCACUGGAACUCUAUAUCGCACUGGUUUACUCGUAUUGUGUCUUCAGGUGCGAGCACUGGAACUCUGUAUCGCAUUGGUUUACUCGUAUUGUGUCUUCAGGUGCGAGCACUGGAACUCUAUAUCGCACUGGUUUACUCGUAUUGUGUCUUCAGGUGCUAGCACUUAAACUCUAUAUCGCACUGGUUUACUCGUAUUGUGUCUUCAGGUGCUAGCACUUAAACUCUAUAUCGCACAGGUUUACUCAGGUGCUAGUACUUAAACUCUAUAUCGCACUGGUUUACUCGUAUUACGGUGUCUUCAGGUGCUAGCACUGGAACUCUAUAUCGCACAGGUUUACUCGUAUUGUGUCUUCAGGUGCUAGUACUUAAACUCUAUAUCGCACUGGUUUACUCGUAUUGUGUCUUCAGGUGCUAGUACUGGAACUCUAUAUCGUUCACUACACACAUUGUGUCUGUGGUCACCUGGUUACCAAUAUUGUGUCUGUGGUUGCUUGAUUUUGCCCUGAAUCUCUAUUUCAAACAACAUUUUUAACACUUCAACAUCAGUUUACCAAGACUAUGUCUUUGGUCGCCGAAUUUAGCACUAGAACUCUAUAUCACACUGGCUUACCAAGGUUGUCUGUGGUUGCUCGAAAUAGUGCUGAAACUCUGUGUGAUACUGUAGUUUACUCCAAUUGUGUCUACGGUUGCUUGAUCUGGAACUGAAGCCCUGUAUUAUACUCUAGUUUGCCAAGUGUGUCUGUGGUUGCUCGAUGUAGCAAUGGACCUCUAUAAUAAACUCUAAUUUACCCACAUUGUGUCUGUGGAUAUUCUAUUUAACGCUGACACACUAUAUCAUACUCUAUUUACCGAGAUUGCGUCUGUGGUUGCUCUCGAAACAUCGUUUCAAAUGACCUUAAAACUUUUCGGCGCCUACGAACACUUUCAGUUCGUUUUAUUUCUUCAUGUUUGCUAUUUACAUCAAUACGCUAUUUACGUCAGUCAGUUUGAAAAUACGUGGAAUGGAAAUGCAUAUUUUCCGUUAUAAAUGAAUGCGUGUCUUUUUGACAGAGCAGAUGGUAAUUUCGUUUAUAACUACGUAUUUAAUCGAAGUUUUUAUGAUCUCGUGAAAUACUUCAAAGAGUCUAUCCAUGUUGGCAUUAAGAUACACACUGUUUCUAGAUUAGAAAUUGGCGUAAUGUGCCAAAAUUUGCAAACGCUGUACUCUCAUCCCUUCUAAAGCUUUAUUAUAUACGAUCAAUGUCAAAUUUGCCAGUAUCAAAUAUUCAUUUUUUGGUAAAGUAUUGUAAUGAUACUAAUGCUUUUAUAAACGCAUGGAAAGUACCAUUUCUAACGAGCAUACUGUUUUGAAACUGUAUUUUUAGGUAGAACAUUAUGAAGAGUAGUCCAUAGAUCUUUGAAUUAGUGUGUCCUCAAACUGUAUUUAACUUAUUAAUAUUUUGAAGCAAAGUUCAGUGUUUAAUGAUAUAAAAGUCUUUAUUUAUUUUCUAUAACGCUUUUAAUGUGGAUGUUAACUUUAUAGAUGAUUCUAAAACAAAUUGCCAUGUGUGUGCCGUCCUUUGCCAUUGUCAUAUUAUGUCCUAUUAAUUGUAGUUGUUUAGUAUUUUUGUUUGUUUAUUUUAUCGGAUAAGGUUUCAUAUUAUACCAACUUAAACCUUUUAAUAUACUAAUCAUUUAGAAGACAAACAUGCUUGACAACUAAUCAGGGCCCGUCAAGUUUUAUUGGCAUUGGAAUAGACCGAUGCAUUCCGUUACAUGACUAAACUAUGUAGUUACCGGCUGAAAAACGAAUAUAUGUUCAUAUUUUACUGGUCUUAGAUAGUACUGAUCUCGUACGCAUACGGUUUUAUAUAAUAUAUAUUUUGCCAUUUUGAAUUCAGUGACCUUCAUUUUAGCAAAUGAUGGCGUAAUUCGUAAUAAUAUUUAUUUGCCAGUUCUUGCAUCCAUUGUGUGUAUGUGUCGGUGUUUAAAGGAUGUUUUUAAAAGUCUUUUAGUCCAGAUAAGUAAAGUAAAAUGAUGUUUCAUUGAUACAUUGAUUUACUUUUUCAAAUGUAAGCAAAAAAACAAGUAACCAUAUAGAUUAAUUACCAAACAAUGCCUGGUUUAGUAGAUAUGUUAAAUACUGAAAACAAUGAAUUUUAGCUUGAAAUUACGAUGUUUAAAAAUGUAUGUCUUUAAGGCAAACUAUUUUGAGCGUUAGCUCUUUUUUUUCCAUUAAAACAUAAGUUGAAUAAUCUAGAAAGCAGCCAAAAUAGGCAAGACUAUUGUUUUAUUACCGUAUAGAAAGUGAGUUUUCUAUUACAGUAUAUUGAACAUUAGAUAGUUGAAAAAAUUGACAAACUUUAAUGGGUGUGUGGGUUGUAAUUAUGACUAGUAAAUUGGUACUAUCACAACGAGAGAUUGUUUGUUAACUCUAAAUGCUGGCAAAAGUAAAAUUUCUGUAGAACAUCUUCGUAAUGUGAAUACUAUUAUAUCUUCGAGUUGUUGUUAUGAUGUUAAAGUAAGCCAAUACAAGUUACUAAAAUGUUUGAUUCAUUAUAAACCGUUCCGAAAAUAACACGUAUUUACAUUAGUACAACAGUUCAUAAAGUAAUGAAAUAGCACCCUACAUUUUCUUAAUUUAGGUAAACUUUUAAUGUUCGUUUUAUAUUUCAUUAACAUAGCAUUAUCUAGGUCGCAUCUAUUUUUUUUAUGUCGUAUCAAUUAUCUAGGUCGUUUUUCUCAUUUUUGUCGUAUUUACUUGUAGUAGAAAUCACUUUGAAAUAUGUCUUUGUCUAGUUUUAGUUUUUGUUUUUGUAACAGUUUCGUGUAUAAAAGUUAAGGUAAGAAUGAUCUUCCACCACGAGUUAUAUCCCUUGGUAUUUUCGUUUCUUCCCGUCCAAACGGUGCAGUUUCAUAUAACAAAAACAACAAUACAUUUUAGACAUUUUGAAAAUGUCAGAUAUCAAUGGAUCGGACAUGAAGUUUUUCAGAAAGUAUGUUAAAGGCACUGACAUCAAGAUUUUGGCUAAAUAUGAUCUUUCUUUAAAAUUGUAUGAACAUUAGAAUAUUAUGAGUUUUUAUUUCUAAACUAUCUUAAAAAUGCCAGACCAAGAAUGACGUCCGAUUCGGGAAUCAAACCUUGGCCGCCGCGGCAAUAAGAACUUUCCAAAUGCCACAGAGGAAUAUGUAUUUAACGAUCGUUAGAUGUAAUAGGGUUAUUAUAACAGUAGCUCGAUCUAGGAUGCUGUAUUUGGCUCGAUUGGAAUUUUGCCAGUUCGGAUUUCACGAGGCGCACAAGCGCCGAGUGUAAUUCGACCUUGCAAAAUCGACAAGAGCCGAAUACAAAAUCCCAGAUCUAGCUACUGUCAUAAUGACACUUUUUAUAUACCUCUACCUUUUUGUUUGUUGUUUUGAUAUUGAACGAAAUCUUCAAUGUUUAUCGAUAUUAAAAUGGAACAAAUGCCUUGGACACAAAACGAUGUCCGUACGGUUUUAAAAACUAGUCCACUAAUUUUAGAAUCCUUACGGUCUCUGUACAAUCGUAGUGUCUGGUCACAGUACCUACCGGUCCCGUACGAUCGUAAGAGGAUGCAGUCGUAGAAUAUCCGUACGGACAUCGCAGACAAGUCGUGCGGAGCUCGCAGGGAGCCCGGCCGUACCUCGUACGGUUCUUGCGAGUUCGUACGGCGUUCGCACGGCACUCGUAAGUUGUCCGCACGGUGUCCGUGCGACAAGAAUAAAUCAGUUCGGCGAUGUCUGAAAAAUUUGCAUUUACAAUCGUAGGUUAUCCGCACGGACAUCGCAGACAAGUCGCACGGAACUCGCAAGGAGCCCGGCCGUACCGCGUGCGAUGUCUGUUGGCUCGUGCGGCGCUCGCACGGUGUCUGUACUGUGUCCCUGCGACAAGAAUAAACCAGUUUUGCGACGUCUGAAAAAAUGUCCAUUUGUAGCCACUCAACUGAUCGUAACGCCAUGAGAGCUCCGUGCGGACAUCGCACGUUCUCUUUACGGUGUCCUGAAUGUCGUACAGACAUCGUACAUUGACCGUGCGAAUCCCCUACGAUAGUCGUGCGAGCAUCAGCAAGCCUCGCAGUUUUCCAAAUCCGUGCGAUGCCCGUGCGAGCUUCUCCGGGGCUUCGUAAAUCUCUACGAGCUAGUAAAGAACUCGGGAGCUCGGUGAAACAUUUUCACUCUUCGAGUUCAAAAAAUCCGCACGUCGGUCGUACGAAUCAACGAUGUCCGUGCGGACGCCGUACGAGUUUGCCAAACUUCGACUAAAAACCUAUUCGUACGGAGCUCGUACCGUUUUUGUGACCAGGGUAUUAAUGAAGAUAUUAUGUGCGAUAUUUAUAGAACUGUGUCAGGUCAUGCAUUAUUAAUGAAAGUAGUCCGGCAGCAUACAAUACGGAAGCUACAAUACAGUUAAAGGUACAAUACGGAUUUUUUUCCUGCCUGUUCAUAAUACAAGCCGACUAUUUUUUUACAGAAUUUAUAUAGGUUUAUAAUAAAGAUAUUUAUAAUUAAGGUAGUUUACCUUGAGUAAAACGUUGCAAACGCUUUUCAAUUUUCAGUGUAAAAAUUAGUAAAACAACUAAUUCUCACGUGUUUCAAUAACAUAUAGUCUGUCAGUAAUGAAGUUUUAAAGCAUUCUUAAGAGAUAUAGAAUUAAUUUCCAGAAACCUACAUUCUGUUUUCUCUCGUGUUUUUGUUGUCUUGCGAUUUGGAGGCUAGUGCUUUUGGUAAUUUUUUGUAUAAUAACUAAAUCGAAGUUUUUUACAAGAGUACCAUUUUUUUCAAAAUGUGUGUUUAAAAUGUAAUGUUAACUGAGUUCGUAUAAACAUCAAAUAUUAUCAUUCCUGAUGUGUCUGACAGCUGUUUUAUAUAAAAAUUGUUUUUGUUUUAUUCACUUGUCUGUGAUAAUGUAUGUUUUAACAUUGUUCGAUAUUGUUUCAUCUACUGUU